GCCUUUCGCGAGUCCUUGUUCGACGCCCUGGCUGAUGAUGAAGGAGCUGAGUACUGGGAGAGUGUAUACGGCCAGCCAGUGAAUAUCUACCCCAACACCAAACCCGGACCUGACGGGAAACUGGAAAGGAUGACCGAUGAAGAAUAUGCCGACUACGUACGCACAAAGAUGUGGGAGAAGAGCCAUCAGCAUAUCAUAGAAGAGCGCGAAGCGCGGGAGCGGGCACGAAGGAAAGCCAAGGACAGAAAACGGCAGGUGGAAGAAGAUAUGGCAAAAGAGGAGGAAGAGAGAGAAAACUUACGACGCAGGAUGCAAGAAAGCUUAAGAAGAGGGGAGGAGCGGAAGAAAGCGAAAGAAGCGGAGGCUGCAUGGGCGCGGUAUAUGCAGAAAUGGGAGGAACUCAAGCAGCGGAAAGAUCUCACUCAGGACAGCACGGCAGCGCGAGAUUUGAUACCUUGGCCGGUCGUAUCUGGGAAGCGGCGGCAUGUCUCUAACGAUGAGAUCGAGUAUUUCUUCGAGAACUCAACCGCUUGGAGAGAGGAUCCGGCAGCGAUGCUCAAAGUUGAGCGUGUCAGAUGGCAUCCAGACAAAAUGCAACAGCGAUUUGGGCAACACAUCGAUCCCGAUACCAUGAGGUCGGUUACCGCCGUUUUCCAGGUUGUUGAUAGACUCUGGAGCGAGCAA